CAGACUCAUGGCUCACCUGACCUUGCACACUUCGCACCUCACAUCAUUUAGCUUUUUGAUUCUGAAAAGACACGCUCUGCCACAAGGAAACUAAAUUUAAAUUGCAAGAUUUGAUCAACAGGGGGCGCCAGCUCAACACAGCUGUGAUGCAACCCAACAGCCCAAACAAACAAUCAGAAAAACAUAAAAACUGAGCGGCUGAAUCUGAUAGCUACAUGUUGUUGUUUUUCCAGCGUUGGUGUCAUGAAGGGUCAGUUCAUGUUGUGACACCAGAAUCCUCUGGAUUAGAUGUCAGAUUACAUUCUCAAGCCCUCGACUGAAACUCUCUCAUCUUGUAACUCAAGAUCUAAACAUUUCAUUCAUGUUUUGAUCCACACUUCUCUGUUUUUCAUCCGUUACAUCAUUUUGAUGAUCGUCCAAUGUCCCUGGAUGAAUUUAUUUUCCCAUGCGUAGUUGUCGGGGAACAUGCACCAUGUGACCUUGUGCAACAGUUUAAGAAUAGCUUCUCCCUCAUGUUUACGGUACUUUGUGUUGAUGUGCCUCAGAUGCUGACAACAGCAUGUCAUAAGACACUCGGGUAACCAUUGAUUGUCAUUUCUUGGUACAAGUGGUAAAUAAAGGGUUUUCAAUAUAUAAAUUAAACAUCUGUCGCUCAAAAUGUAAUAUUUUUUGCAAAAGUCAACAAAUCUUCCCAUUAAUAAAUUACUUAUACCAAUGAAUAUUGAUAUUACAUGAAGUGAAUUUGUGUUUAGUGUGCAUUCACUUUUUAUUGAUCGAGUUAAGACCGCCCUCGUGUCAUUGUUUGUGCAAAAACAUUUUUUGCAGUAAACUAAAUAUCAAUUUUAACACAAGCAAAUGGGUCGUUACAAAAUACCUACAAGGUUAGAUAAAUAUCACCAAAUCUGCCUAAUUUAUCAAGUAGAAUUUCUUAAUUUUAAUAUUAGAUUUAGCAUUCAGAAAAUAAUAAAACCUGUUGAAACUUCAUAUUUGACAAUUAAAAAGUAACAGACAGGAAAGGCUUAAAAUUGGUCUCAUCAAUGAUCCAGCAGAGUUGUUUGUUAUCUUCAAAUUGGUAUUGAUUAUUUAUAUUGGUUUAUUGAAGUUGAGAAAUGUCACCAUUACAUGAAAAACACAGUCAAAGUGAUUGCUUCAAAGUAGUGAACAACAGAUUAUAUAAGAAGAAAACUAAGUACAUGACAACAUCCUCGUGGAGUGAAGACGGUUUAACAACACAGGUGUCUCAGGAUGUUGACAUUGACUUGUUUACAUUUUGGACUGAGGUUCCUAUCUGAGACGGUCACAUGGGUCCAGGUUGUCUGCUCAGCCUCCACUUGUGUCACUGUUAGAGGGGACGCGGUGCCCACUGGGACAUGUGACACAUGCUGCCUCGGGUAGGAGGGGGCCUUUUCUGUGAAAACAUCCCAAGGCAGCAAGCAGGCAGGAAUGUGUGCUCUGGUUGGUGGACAGGAUCAGAUAUCACCAGCUGUGAGGGGCUGCUAUAAAGGACCGGACUGCUAAGUGUCACCCAGAAUAGAUAUCAGCUUCUCCAACAGCACACACGAGGAAAGCUUUGGAGAGUCUGCCCUUCAUUUCAGAGAUUGACCGACGGAGAGAAAGCUCUUAGUUUUAUCUUGUGAACUGGGAAGCUUACUGGUUGAGCUGUAGACAGACUUUUCCACUAUGGACAUCCAGAGGACAGGGUCUAUGGUCCGGCCACCGAGCCCCAUGGAUAGCCUGGAGAAGCAGCUGAGCUGCCCCAUCUGCCUCGACAUGUUCACCAAACCGGUGGUCAUCCUGCCCUGCCAGCACAACCUGUGUCGCAGUUGUGCCAGUGACCUCUACGACUCACGCAACCCAUACCGCUUCUCUGGAGGAGUGUUCCGCUGCCCUACUUGCCGCUUUGAGGUCGUACUAGACCGCCAUGGUGUUCAUGGGCUCCAACGCAACCUGUUGGUUGAAAACAUCAUCGACAUCUAUAAGCAGCAGCAAGAAGGUAACAACAACACUGUAACCACAGAACCAACCCUGAAACCCAAAGAAUCCAAAGAGCCACUGUGCCAAGAACAUGAGGACGAGAAAAUCAACAUUUACUGUGUGACCUGCCAGGUUCCCACCUGCUCCAUGUGCAAAGUGUUUGGUCAGCACAAAGACUGUGAAGUGGCACCUUUACCAAGCAUCUACCAGACCCAGAAAGGCGAACUGAGUAAUGCUAUUGAUACCCUUGUGGCCAGCAAUGGGCGCCUGCAGUCAUUGCUCAACCAGAUGGAAGACUCCUGCCGUGCCGUGCAAGAGAACGCUCAGCGUGCUAAGCAAGGGCUAGCCGAACGCUUUGACCUGCUUUAUGCUGUCCUGGAAGAGCGCAAGACCAUCCUGCUGGAGCAGGUUGGAAAAGAGCAAGACGAAAAGGUGGCAGCACUGCGGGCCUUGGCUCAACGUUACGGUGAACGCCUGCAGGCCAGUACAGAGCUCACCGACACUGCUGUGAGGGCACUGGAGCAGGGUGGAGCUGCCGAGUUCCUGUUAGCCUCCAAGGGCCUCAUCACACAGACCAAAGACGCAGCCAAACACGCUCUGGGAGAGGAGAGGCCAGAGCCGGGCUUCGAGAAGAUGGACCACUUCACUUUGUCUACAGAGCAUGUUGAAGCAGUCCUGACAAAAAUGGACUUUGGAGUGGCGGAUGAGGAUGAGUUUGAGGAUGCAGAAGAUGAGGAGGAGGAAGAGGAAUAAUGAAAGUGGUUAUGGACUCAUAGGAAAGACUGUUUUAUGUACUGUUGAAAGUUUCUAACACAAGUGUUUAUGGCAGGGACUCUGCGUGGAAUUUUAUUAGUAAUAUAAGGUGGAUUCGGGCUAAAGUAACUCGCCCUUACUUUAAGUGCAAUAUUGAAUUCUAAUGUUGUACCUUUUCUUAAUGUCUUUUUAUACUUUUGUACUUGAAGUCAGUGGAAUGGGAAAGAAAGAUCUUGAGUGUCCGUUGAUUGCUCACACAUUUUCCUCAUAUGUAGCUUAUUGAGAUAGUAAUUUGUAUUUCUCUCACCUUGUUUUAUUUUGUGUUGAAUCAGUGAUCAGCUGAUCUGUCUGUCUUCAAUGGA